AUGAAUCAGGAAGAUAACACAGGUGGAGGAGGCAUUUUUGGCCUUUUCAAAUGGACCAAGGAUGCGUUGUUUGGUACGAAUAUAUCACCAUCGAUGAAAUACAAAGGCCAACCAGAACGAAGAGAUCGGUCUCGAUACGCUCAGGACGAUACGAAUUUCGGAAUAAACUUGGGAAACAGUUCCAGUAAAAGGAGCACGAACCUAUCUAGAUCUAAUUCUUGGUCCGGGUUGGAUUCCACGUUUCAGAGGAAGUACGACUUGCUACCGGAAUACAACGAGACUGGCAUUGACUCAAUUGACGAUAAUAAUCACUACAGUAGAGACAGAGUACGAUAUUUACGAAGUCCCGCUCCGGUUGUGCCGAGAGAACCCCUUCAUAAUGAGCCAACGGAUACCUUUGGCCAUAGAUUGCACACGAAAAGAAGGCCCAUAAAUGAGUUUUCCAACUCUCAGAUACCCCUUAUGCCACCUCAAGGAAAUGACCCUUUAAUUUCUAAACUGUUCCAGAAAGACGAAGUUGAUGAAGUGAGAAAAUCGCCGUACAAGUUAUCGGUAAGAGAUAUUCCAGGCAAGUUUCCGUCUCCCUUAAAGAAGCCUGAUGAAAUAAACGACUAUCAUGAACAAGAUGAGUAUCUUCGCCAAAAAAAUAAGGAGUGUAACAAAGCAUAUUUUGAACUGUUUGCUCAAAUGGAUUUGAAUAAUAGAGACUUAGAUGAUUUGUGUGAAGAUGUCAAAGAGCAGCAUGAACAAUUUCACCGCGAAGAACAAACUUAUAAGCAAGCCUAUAAGGAAAUGAGGGCAGAGUUAGUCAAUGAGUUAAAAAAAUCCAAAACACUUUUUGAGAACUAUUAUGCAUUGGGCCAGAAGUAUAAAAAUUUGAAAACGGUACUUGAUCAAACAAUCAGUCAUGAGGCUGAACUGGCCACUUCUAGAGAACGACUGUACCAGGAGGAAGACUUAAAGAAUUUCGAGGUGCAAGCUUUGAGGCAAAAUCUAUCUGACUUAGAGUUGAAAUAUGCCAACUUGCAAAUAGAAAAGGAGAUGCAAAGAGACAAUUAUGAAUCUGAAAUACACGAUUUGCUACUACAAUUGAGCCUUCGUGAUAAUGACAGGAAAGAUACAUCUGCUGGUUCAAACAUUUUCUCAACUGUCCAAUACGAAAGAACUCCAUUCCAUAAUGACAAUAACAACAGUUAUGAUUCUAGUUCAUGGGACACCGAUUAUUUGAAAAAUCUAGACGGUUUUAAAGACCGUUGA